AUGGCGGAGCGGCGCGGCCUGCCACGACCCGCGCUCAGUCGCGACUCAGACGCGACCCUUGACACACGUUUGACGCGCGCGACCGCGUCUCACCCGUCGACCGCAACCGGCAUCAUCACGCACGGAGCGCUAGUUUACGGAGGGGUCGGUGGCCCGGGCCUAUGCCCUCCGCGAGGCCCCGACCUCCCGCCUCUGGAGCUCGGCUUCCGCAGCACUUGGCGCGAAGACGAAUUGCUCCCGUCGACACCCGCCAGCCAGGCUGCGUCGACGCAGAGCGGAUCGUCCGCGACCGAUAAGGGCCAAAAUGUGGAGUGCGUCGUUUGCGGAGACAAGUCCUCGGGGAAGCACUACGGGCAGUUCACUUGUGAGGGCUGCAAAUCCUUUUUCAAGCGGUCUGUCAGACGGAACCUGACGUACUCCUGCAGAGGAAACAGGAACUGCCCCAUCGACCAGCACCACCGAAACCAGUGCCAGUACUGCAGACUGAGAAAAUGCCUCAAAAUGGGCAUGAGGAGAGAAGCUGUACAAAGGGGCAGAGUGCCCCCGACGCAACCCGCCGGUCUAGCUUUACCGGGUCAAUUCGCCCUCACGAAUGGCGACCCAGCGGCUGGUCUAAACAGCCAUCCCUACCUCUCCUCCUACAUUUCUCUGCUACUUAGAGCAGAACCUUAUCCAACCUCACGAUACGGCCAAUGCGUGCAACCUACCAAUGUAAUGGGCAUAGAUAAUAUUUGCGAGUUAGCCGCAAGGUUACUCUUCUCCGCCGUAGAAUGGGCGAGAAACAUCCCCUUCUUCCCUGAACUCCAAGUGACAGACCAAGUCGCGUUAUUAAGGCUCGUCUGGUCUGAGCUAUUCGUUCUAAACGCAUCCCAGUGUUCUAUGCCGCUGCACGUGGCUCCCUUACUCGCCGCUGCCGGUCUCCACGCGUCGCCGAUGGCGGCCGACCGAGUGGUGGCGUUUAUGGACCACAUACGAAUCUUCCAAGAGCAAGUGGAGAAGCUGAAAGCCCUCCACGUAGACUCGGCGGAGUACUCCUGUCUGAAGGCGAUCGUCCUCUUCACGACAGAUGCCUGCGGGCUGUCCGACGUGCCACACAUAGAGAGCCUUCAAGAGAAAUCCCAAUGCGCUCUCGAAGAAUAUUGCAGAAGUCAGUACCCGAACCAGCCCACUCGGUUCGGGAAGCUGCUCCUGCGGCUGCCCUCCCUCAGGACCGUCAGCUCCCAAGUCAUAGAGCAACUGUUCUUCGUCCGGCUAGUCGGUAAGACGCCCAUCGAGACCCUGAUCCGCGACAUGCUCCUCUCCGGCAGUUCGUUCUCCUGGCCCUACAUGGCGACCAUGUGACAUACGAUGUGGCGUCAGCUAGCGGCAGCAUGAUCCACGCCCUACAGCUUCCCGUACCUGCCGAGUCAGCGGCUCGACCUGCGGUACCGGGAGGCUCCUGAAGACGCCGUGACGUCGUCCAGCGAGGUCCCAGAACAAGAAGACUUCUUCAGGAACAGGGAAGCCGAUAGAGCCGACCCCUGUCCCACUUUCGAUCCGAUUUCCGCGUUCUACCCCCCCAAAACGGAGGAUGAUGCGCAAAAAGCUCAAAAAACACUAACCAUCGAUAGUCUAUUGAACGUCAGAAGUGAUGCGUGUACGCAAAACUCUAAAUAGGUUACUCCGGGGUCAGUAGCGUGUUAGUUCAAGUUUUGUUCCUCUGUAAUAUAUUUAGGCUAGAUAUUUAAUGUGUAAAUACAAAUUCUAUUAUUGUAAAUUUAUGUAUAUUUAUAAAUAAGGUACUAGUGGAGUGUUUUCUACGGUGUUCAGCUAUGGAUGCUAUGUAAAGAUUUACAGAUUUUUUUAUUAUAGAUACAUUGUUUUGAAUAUAUUUCAUCUGUCUUAAUCGAGGAUUGACAGGCAAUAAUUGUGCAAUUAAGUGGUUUCUAUCUUUAAGAAACAAUUGAAUAUGUUUUGAAAAAUGUGUCGGUUCAUUAUUAUGGUAUGUCUAUACAGGUCUACACCGUAAGCUUCAAUGUUCAAGAAGUAAUAAACUAUUCUAGUGUCUGAUAGUGAAAAAACAGCAUUAAAUGUAACGUUUUCACGAUUUUUGUCACAAUGUCGUAAUAUGAUAGGACUUCAAUUAUAAUUAUAUAUUUGUUGUUUAACUUGAA